CAGCGUCGCCUGCGCCUUCCACUUCCAGAUGAAGAAAUGAAGGAAGGAACUUACAAACUCAGCAGUUCAAAGCAUCCUCUUCGUCCUCCUCCACAUCUUAUCGCUGCUGCCUCUUUCAGCCUCUCCCUGCAACUCUGUGUGGAUUGCUUCGUGGGUGAGCAGUGCAAAUAGUGGCAGCAAUGGCAGCGACCACCAUGUCCACGCUUUCUACAUCUCUCGUCGCUCCCACCGUGGCGGCGUCACAGUCCGCUUUCCAGGGUGCGUCUGUGCGUGUGAACCUCAUGCCUGCUGUGGGUGUGGUCAAGAGCCGCCCCCUCACUAUUGUAGCAGCCACCAAGAAAGCCGUGGCUGUGCUCAAGGGCAACGCCAAUGUUGAGGGCGUUGUAACUCUUCUCCAGGAGGAUGAUGGUCCCACAAAGGUCAAUGUGAAGAUCACUGGCUUGGCUCCCGGCAAGCAUGGAUUCCAUCUUCAUGAGUUCGGUGACACAACCAAUGGCUGCAUGUCUACUGGUCCUCACUUUAACCCUGAGGGCAAGACUCACGGUGCCCCAGAAGACCAAAACCGUCAUGCAGGAGACUUGGGCAAUGUUAUUGCUGGCGAUGAUGGUGUCGUCGAGGUCACGCUUGAGGAUUCCCAGAUUCCUCUAUCCGGUCCGAACUCCGUAGUUGGAAGGGCAUUCGUUAUUCACGAAGCUGAAGAUGAUCUCGGAAAGGGUGGCCACGAGCUCAGCUCCACAACCGGCAACGCAGGAGGCCGACUUGCUUGCGGUGUUGUGGGUCUGACACCCCUGUAGUUAACUAGGCUCUACUGGAACCGAAUCCUGCUUUUGCAUGUAGAAAGGGAGCCACAUCGUCAUUGUGGACAGUCUGAUGUGGAGGAAAUUACGUCCACUGUCUUUGUGGGAGUUUUUUAGUCGCGGGUGUGUAUCCUGUCUGACUAUGUCGUUAGGUGAGGGAAUUGCGGUGGACCUGCCUUGUGCUGUACUCUCAACGUGAACGUCAAUAUCAUUCAUCUUCUCUCGGGGCAAUUGACAGUGUA